UACCAAUACAAAAGAGAACGCAGCUAUAUAAAGCCACCAGAGUCGUCUUCACCACUUCGAAACCCUACCCUUCGGCCGCAGCUGCUCUUUCUCCUCAGGUAGGAUUGUUUCACGCAGAGGUUUGAGCAAUGGCCCCUAAAGUUGACGGUAAGAAGGCUGAUCCCAAGGCUCAGGCCUUGAAGACCGCCAAGGCUGUGAAGUCAGGGCCAACCUUCAAGAAGAAGGCUAAGAAGAUCAGGACAUCAGUCACAUUCCACAGGCCAAGGACAUUGAAGAAGGAAAGGAACCCCAAGUACCCCCGCAUUAGCGCACCACCAAGAAACAAGUUGGACCAUUACCAGAUCCUCAAGUACCCAUUGACCACUGAGUCUGCAAUGAAGAAGAUUGAGGACAACAAUACCCUUGUUUUCAUUGUUGAUAUCCGUGCUGAUAAGAAGAAAAUUAAGGAUGCAGUGAAGAAGAUGUACGACAUUCAGACCAAGAAAGUGAAUACUCUGAUCAGGCCUGAUGGAACGAAGAAGGCAUAUGUUAGGUUGACACCUGAUUACGAUGCAUUGGAUGUGGCUAACAAGAUCGGCAUCAUAUAAGCUAUUGUUGUGUUAUCUUCUUAGGAUGGAGCCAAGGGAUUUUGUUAUUGCUUUGACAUUUUUGUUAGUAGUACUGUACUGGUUUAAUACUCUUUCUUUAACGUGUUUGAGAACCAUGUCUUUUUUAUGGCAAUGUGAUGCUAUUAAAAUUUAGUACUUGCAAUUUGGUAAUUGUUAUGUCAGUUGUGCUUGUUAUUAUA